UCCUAAGCCUUCAGUGUUUUCCAACAAUGACAACCACUCAAGCUCUUAACUUUAAACAACUUUCAUUCACAAAUUUUGCUCUACUUUUCUCAUUAUUGCCACAACUAACAACAACAAUGGCGGCAGUCACAGAAUCUUUAUCACAUUGCAGUUCUUCUGACAAGGGUCCUGUAGUUCCCACAACCCCUUUGGUCACAUUUCUUGAACGUGUCCAAGAAGCCGCUCUCAAAACCUUUAAAGAAACAAACUUUGACCCAAAACUCUACGUUGAUUUGUCACUAAAGUUGAAUUUUUCAACCACUGAGAAAGCUUUUGAUCAGCUUCAAAAGUCUGCAAAUGGGUCUUUAUCGGUUGAGGGGUUAAAAGGGUUUAUAGACAAGUAUUUUGGGGGUGCGGGGAGUGACUUGGUGUACGUUGAACCAGUGGAUUUUGUGCCUGAACCUGAGGGGUUUUUGCCAAAGGUUGAGAAUCCAGAAGUGAGAGCCUGGGCUUUGGAAAUACAUGCUUUGUGGAAGAAUUUGAGCAGGAAAGUCUCUGAUGAGGUCCACAAGCGACCAGAGUUGCAUACUAUUCUUCCUUUGCCUGAGCAGGGGGUGAUUCCGGGAUCAAGAUUUCGAGAGGUGUACUAUUGGGAUUCUUAUUGGGUAAUUAGUUCUUCUGACACAGGCCCUGUGAUUCCCACAACCCCUUUGGUCACUUUCCUUGAACGUGUCCAAGAAGCCGCUCUCAAAACCUUUAAUGAAACCAACUUUGAUCCAAAACUUUACGUUGAUUUGUCACUUAAGUUGGAUUUGUCAACCACUGAGAAAGCUUUUGAUGAGGUUCGAAAGUCUGCAAAUGGGUCUUUAUCGGUUGAGGGGUUAAAAGGGUUUAUAGAGAAGUAUUUUGAGGGUGCAGGGAAUGACAUGGUGUACAUUGAACCAGUGGAUUUUGUGUCUGAACCUGAGGGGUUUUUACCAAAGGUUGAGAACCCAGAGGUGAGAGCCUGGGCUUUGGAGGUGCAUGCUUUGUGGAAGAAUUUGAGUAGGAAAGUCUCUGAUGAGGUCCAUAAGCGACCAGAAUUGAAUACUAUUCUUCCUUUGCCUGAGCAGGUGAUGAUUCCAGGUUCAAGAUUUCGAGAGGUGUACUAUUGGGAUUCUUAUUGGGUAAUUAGGGGCUUGCUAGCAAGUAAGAUGCAUGAGACUGCAAAAGCAAUUGUGACUAAUCUUAUUUACUUAAUAGAAGAAUAUGGUUAUGUCCUUAAUGGUGCAAGGGCUUAUUACACAAAUAGAAGCCAGCCUCCCCUCCUGAGUGCUAUGGUUCAUGCCAUAUACAGCAGGACUGGUGAUAUGCAAUUGGUUAGAAAAUCUCUCCCUGCACUUCUCAAAGAGUAUCACUUUUGGAAUUCAGGAAUACAUAAGGUGACCAUUCAAGAUGCUCAAUCUUGCAACCACACCUUGAAUCGGUAUUAUGCAAUGUGGAACAAACCCAGGCCUGAAUCUUCAACAAUUGACACAAAAUCUGCUUCCAACAUCUCAAAUGUCUCUGAAAAACAGCAUUUUUACCGUGAAGUUGCUUCAUCCGCUGAAUCUGGCUGGGACUUCAGCACUCGGUGGAUGAGGAAUCCCCCAGAUUUGACAACAUUGGCUACAACGUCAAUUUUACCUGUUGAUUUAAAUGCAUAUAUACUCAGGAUGGAAUUAGACAUUGCCUUCUUAGCAAAAGUUACUGGAGAUAAUGGCACUGCUGAGCACUUCUUGAAAGCUUCUCAAGCCAGAAAGGAGGCAAUCAAAUCUGUUUUCUGGAAUGCAGAGAUGGGACAAUGGCUUGAUUACUGGCUAAAUGAUAGCACAUGCCAGGAACCUCAAACUUGGGAAGCUUGUAACCGAAAUCAGAAUGUAUUUGCUUCAAACUUCAUCCCUUUGUGGAUUGAGUCAUUCCACUCAGAUAAAUCCCUGGUGAAGAAAGUCAUGGAAAGUCUUAAAAAAUCAGGCCUGCUUCGUGCUGCUGGGAUUGCAACUUCUUUGACAGAUUCAGGAGAACAAUGGGACUUUCCAAAUGGUUGGGCACCACUUCAACACAUGAUAGUUGAAGGUCUGGGUAGGUCUGAAUCAAAAAAAGCGAGGUCAGUGGCUGAAGACAUUGCCGUGAGGUGGAUUAGAACCAACUAUGUCGGCUACAAGAAAACAGGCACAAUGCAUGAAAAAUAUGAUGUGGAAAAGUGUGGAGAAUUUGGAGGUGGUGGUGAAUAUGCACCCCAGACUGGAUUUGGCUGGUCAAAUGGAGUUGUUUUAGCAUUUCUGGAGGAGUUUGGAUGGCCUCAAGACCGGAAGAUAGGUUGCUAAUAAUAUAGGAGUUAGGGUGUGUUUAUUUGGAGGUGAAACAUGAUGGAUAAAAAACUUUUGAGAGAAAAUGGAAAUGAAAACUUUUUUGAAGUUUGUUUGGUUAGGAAUGAUGAAAAAUAAAUGGUGGAACCAAUGUGUUUUCUCUCCUAGCCCACCAAAAUAUUUUCUCCCCAAAAUGGAAAGAAAAUUGAGGGGAGAUAAAAUUUUUCUUGAUUGACAAAAAUGCCCAUGUGCACAUGCACAUGGGCUUCUUCAA